CAAAGAGUACAUGUAAGAAAAUAAUUGGGAGAACUACGCUCCAGUGAUUCAAUCAAAUCUUUUCUCAAUCAAUGUUGGCAUCACCUUCAAGAAAUUUGUGUUGGCAGUAUAGAAACUUUGAGUUUAACAAAUGAUGUCAAAAAAAUUGUGAAAAGUAGAACAAUUGCAUUAUAACUUGAUUCGCUUGUAUUAAGAUGUCGGGAAUUGAUGACUCAUUUGGUUGUGGGUCCAAACCAAAGUUGUCCAGCACCGAAGAUUGGGAAAUGUACAGUUCCCACAGCUUUAUUUUAUGUAUUAAUACUGAACCCAGCAAAAUGAUACAUCAGUUAUAUGUGGUAGGAAAUAAAAUGAAAACAUUACUUCCUAAAGAGUUCCACAAGUUUCCUUCGCCUGAAGACGAUACUUCAAUGCUAAUCCUCAAAUGGGUGUCGCUAUUUAAUAUUAUUAACAAUUAUUCAGCAUCAUCCUGUGUAUGCAAAAGGCCCUGCAUAAAAAAUUUGUACCUAGUGUUAGAAAUAUUUGAAUAUAAUAUUUCUCAAUGGGAAAAGAUAGUGUUUAGGUACAAUUCCUAUAAAACGGAUGAAGAUUUUAAAAGAAUCUUACAUGAGAAGCACAAGGAAUGGGAAACGCUGAAACGGUAUUAUGAUCGUAUGAUAAGUGAUGCAUGUUUAGUAAGAAACAAAGAUGAAAUUGCUAUUAAAAGAUUGUUGAAAUCUACAUUACCAAGAGUACAAGAGCAAAAUACAUCUCUAACCAUAGUAUCAUUUGAUGAAGAAUACGAUGUACACCCAUCUCCCUCAAAAAUUCGUCGAAUUUCGACUACAACGCGUCCUGCUCAAUCAUUUACGAAUACGAGAGAAUACGAAAUUGAUGAAUCAAGCAACAUGGAAACAGGUCCUUCCUAUCAAGAAGCUGAUAACAUUGAUAUUGAAUUGCAAUAUCAAUCUUAUUCAGCAGCAGGUCCUUCCUGUUUCGUAGCAGGACCUUCAAACGUCGAAGCAAGAUAUUCAAAUGCUAUAGUAAAAGUACCCAACGCUGUACCAGCAUCUUCCAACGUAGAAGCAAGUACAUCGUAUGCCAUAGCAGGACCAUCAAACGACGAAGCAAGAAAUUCUUAUACAGCAGCAGGACAUUCCAAUGCCGAAACAGAUUCCUUCCGAAUUUAUCAACGUAAUGAGUGGUCAUCAUCUCUAAGCACUUCUUAUAGUGUAUUUUCAACUCCUGGAGAAUCUGAUUCAUUGGACUUCCAGGAAGAUUCCUUUUGUUGCGUUAAAAGACACGCAAUUACAAACAAAAAUUAUCAAUUUAAUUUUUUCUGUAGGAUAGCGGAAAUAGAAAAUAAAUUGUGCAAUUAUAUUUUAUACAAUGACGAAAUAUGCAAUACUUAUGGAUUCCCAGCAGAAUUCAGAUGACCUGGUUUUAGUAUUUUUA